ACAUUUUCAUUUUUUUAAAUAACAUCUAUUAGAUGUGUUUGAAUAUUAUGAUAAGAAUAGGUUUUAAAAUAAAUAUUCAGACCUUUGAACAUAGUCUUUUUAAUGUGUGAUAUUCAGAUAAGAGUUAGUAAAGGAUAAAUAUAAUAUUCAUUUUAUAAUAUAAUAUAUAAUAUAUUGAAUAAAAAAUUAAUGUUACUGAAUAUCCUUAAGGACAAUUACUAUUCACAUACUAAUCAUAUUUAAUAACAAUGAGUUCAAUCCAAAAGGUAAGAAAAUGGUGUAAUUUUGAAUUUGAUGAAAAUGAACCACAAAAAAAGAACAUAAAGAAUCCUAAGCAGUCUGAAAAUAUGUUAUUAGAGGAGAAAGUGGCCAUUUCUAAAAUUGAAAAAUCUGACUAUGGACAUGGAACAGUAAAUAUUAAUGAUAAAAAUUGGAUGAAAACUUUUGAUCCUGUAAUAGUUGAAGAUUUAGCUAUCCAUAAUAAAAAAAUACAGGAAGUGGAAGAAUGGUUAAAAUCUUGUGCUGGGAAAAAUCAGAGUGACAUACUACUCAUGACAGGUCCAGUGGGCUCUGGGAAGACAAUUACAAUUUCCAUACUUGCAGCCAAACAUAACAUUAAAGUUACAGAAUGGAUUACACCACUGGAUAUUGAUAUGCCUUCUGAUUAUGGUGACUAUGAAUUUAAAGAAAAACAAUCAACAAAGUUUCUAGAGUUCAUCAUAAAAGCUGCCAAUUUUACCUCAUUACUAGACAACAAUGAUAGAAAAUUAGUAAUAGUCGAGGAUUUUCCAAAUACUUUUAUAAGGACACCAUCAGAAUUCACAGAUGUUUUGCAGCAAUAUAAAUACAGAGCCAAAUCACCAAUAGUAUUUAUAUGUUCAGAAACUCAUUCAGACACAAAGAAUACAGCAUUGAAUCUUUUUACUCCAAGCUUAAAGGAACAAUUUCACAUACAUCAUAUUAUGUUCAACAGCAUAUCUACAACAGGUUUAAAAUUUGCGUUAAAACGAGUAUCAGAAAUAAUAAGUAAGAAACAUAAGGCGGUAUAUAAUGUUCCUACAGCAGAUAUGAUAGAUUGUGUUGUAAACUCUUCAGCGGGCGAUGUAAGAUCGGCGGUCUUAAAUUUACACUUCGCAUGUCUAAAAGGUUCAAACAUGGAUUUAGAAACAAGUAUUGUAAUAGAAAAAGAAACUAAAAGUAAAACAAAAAAGAAAAAGAAUUCCAGUAAAUUUCUAUCACUUGGUAAAGACCAAACUGUGAACAUUUUACAUGGUGUUGGUAGAGUACUCAAUCCUAAAGUGGCUUUUACAGAAAAAGGCAAACAAUUAACACACUCUCCAAAGGAUGUGAUUGAACAAUUUUUGAGUCAACCUUCUUCUUUUGUAAACUUUUUAGAAGAGAAUUAUUUACCUCAUUUCUCAUGUUCAGAUCACACUGAUAAAGCUGCGUCUGCACUCAGUGAUGCCGACUUUAUGCUAGCAGAAUGGAGAGAAAAAAUGUGCCAAGAAUAUGGAUUAUAUACUGCAGUGGCUGGCAUAAUGCUAGCAAACAAAGCCCCUAUAUCAGCAUGGAACCCUGUAAGAGGACCAAAGAAUAUGAAAGUUCAAUACCCGUCACCUCAAGAAUUACGGCUUGAUGUAAAUUAUUUAUAUAAAGGGAAGGUGCUGGUUAUGGAUUAUCAGACCUACAGCAAAAUAAUUGGAUGCAACUCAUCAGAACUGAAUAAUAUAUCUAUACAUUUAUAAUUUGUACAAAACCUCAUCUGUCAAUAAAUAAAAUAAUAAAUUAUCAA